UUCAUUUUCAAGUCCUUUCAUUACUAAACCACCUUCCUCUCUACUUUAUUCUUUGUUCAUCAUCCAUUCAUCAAUUCCUCCCAAACAUGAAACCUCUUCUAGACCCGAGCCCCGCCCUAAUUGCCAUGACGGUGGUUCUAGCCACCGUCAUGCAUUUCCCGGCCCUCACGGGCCAGGAAACUCGGCCAUACGAUGCAUGUGACCAGUCGGCCGAGUGUGGAGAUAAGGAUUUCGAGUAUCCUUUUUGGGGGUUAGGCCGACCAGCACAUUGCGGCCACCCGAGUUUUCAGUUAACUUGCGAAUCUAACGUUCCACUGCUCGUUUUAGAUUCCGUAAACUAUCGGGUCAUAGAUAAGGAGAGCACUACACAUACAAUCACUAUUGCUAGAAAUGAUCUGUGGAGCACAAUCUGCCCUCAACAUCUCCGCAACACCACCUAUGACUCCACCCUUUUCAACGGCGAUAACUUUGGCCAGGAGGAUGUAUCUAUGUACUAUGGAUGCCAAGAUACUAAUAAUAUAACGCCUGGGAUAUGGUCGUUGGCGCCUGAUUAUCGAUUUGAUUGCAAUGUGAAUGAGCCUCAGAGUAAUAAUUAUUUUAUUACUACUAGUUCUGUUGUCGCUGAUAUCGCCAAUUUCUUGGCGCAAUGCAACAGUUCUAUCACUGUACCAGUGGGACGACGUUGGGCAAAUCGACUAGCAACUGUGGCUGCUACAGAUGAGGAUUUGAGACAAGCUUUGAAGGAUGGUUUCACUCUAGAGUGGAUGGUGAAUAACGAUGUAUGUGAUCGGUGUGAUCGAUCUGGUGGUCGAUGUGGGUCUAGCUCAAUUUCACCUGAUGAGUUUGUUUGCUAUUGUGCUAGUGGGAACUUCUCUGCAACUUGUAACAACGUUUUGGUCAAAAGUAAAGGAGGUGGUUCAAAGAGUAGUUCUGUGGGUAUAGUGCUUGGAAUUGUUGGAGGGGUUAUUGCUAUCGCUAUAGUCGGAUUUGUUAUCUUUGUCUGCCGACGAAGAAAAAAGCGUGCGAUCAAAGUAGCAUCACCUGCCCAAACCGAGACCAAAGCCAUUAUGACUGUUGCUGGUUCGAGCCAAGGGCUAACUAGUGACACGUCUAAUUUUACUUCCAGCAACCCUUCGUUUCCUUCGUCAAAAACAUCAAAAACAUCAAAAACAUCAGAAACUUCAGAAACAUCUAAAGAGUUUACAAAAAGCACAUAUUUUGGAGCUCAGGUUUUUACCUAUGAAGAACUAGAAGUCGCUACAGAUAACUUCAAUGAUUCAAGGCAACUUGGAGAUGGCGGUUUUGGAGCUGUGUACUUUGGUAAGCUUCUUGAUGGCCGAGAAGUUGCUGUCAAGCGUUUAUACGAAAACAAUUUCAAACGAGUCGAGCAAUUCAUAAACGAAGUCAGGAUCCUCACAGGGUUAUAUCAUGAAAACUUGGUAAAAUUAUACGGGUGCACCUCAAAACGAAGUAAAGCUCUUCUUCUAGUUUAUGAAUACAUUCCCAAUGGCACAAUAGCUGAUCAUCUUCAUGGAAAACUUGCAAACACGAGCUCGAGUUUGUUUUCAUGGUCCAUUCGCCUCAACAUUGCCAUACAAACAGCUGAUGCACUUGCAUAUCUCCACAAAUCAGGAAUCAUUCACCGCGACGUGAAAACCAACAACAUUUUAUUAGACAAAAGUUUCCAAGUAAAAGUUGCUGAUUUCGGGCUAUCAAGACUAUUUGAAAAUGUUACACAUGUUUCCACUGCCCCACAAGGGACCCCUGGCUAUGUUGAUCCCGAAUACUACCAAUGCUACCAGUUGACAGAUAAAAGUGAUGUUUAUAGUUUUGGGGUUGUCUUGGUGGAGCUCAUAUCUUCGUUACCAGCGGUUGAUACCAGCAGGCAUAGGCUUGACAUAAACCUGGCUAAUAUGGCUGUGACUAAGAUUCAAAACCAUACGUUGAGCGAGUUGGUUGACAAGAGUAUUGGGUUUGAAACAAAUGAUUUGGUGAGGAGGAUGACCACUUUGGUGGCUGAGCUGGCUUUUAGGUGUCUUCAACAUGAUAAGGAUAUGAGGCCCACAAUGAAAGAAGUGGUUGAAACUUUAAAAGGGAUUCAGAAUGAUGAUUUGAAUGCUCAAAAACCAGAAGUGCUUGAUAUUAUGGUGGAUGAUGGUGGUAUGUUGAAGGGUAAUAACACAGAACCGACAUCACCGGACUCUGGGGUUAGUAACAUAGUGGUUGGCAGUUCUGCACCAAAUUCUUCUGAUGGUUGAUCGGACUUACUUGGAUAUGGAAAUACUAUUUUCUUGUUGUUUAUUUAGAGUGUUGUUGUAUGAGAACACAUGAUAGCAAGUUGUAAAGAGAAAGUGAACACUAAAUUCUUAGACGUACUAAAAUCAUAAUCCUCUGCUUUCAGAGUGUAUCUAUUUUUUUCUGUA